GAGAACUGGUGAGGGUCCCAGUAGUGUUCUGGCGCUCAUGAUGUUAAUGACCUCCCGGGGCCAUGGCUGUGCACGCACGCGUCCGAGGGGCAGGCGUGCCGACGCAGCUGCAUUCGACCUGGGGGGCUGAGUGUGUGGCCGAACCAACGGCCUUCGCUCUAGCGGUGCCCGAGCCCAUUGAGCGACCUAGGCAACGCCAUGGCCUUGUGCAGGAGCCGCGAGUGGUCGAGCAACAUCAAACCGCAGAGCCACCGAGUUGGAGUGAGACCACCCAACUCCGCAUGGAAUUGGCACGCACUCGAGCUGACCUCGUCCAGUCGGAGAAUGAAGUGGAAACCCUGCGAGAAAGAUCGCGACAGGAUGUUCAGGAGAUGCUACGACAGCUGAAAGACUCGGAGCAGCAGCUUUGGAAACUGCACGCGCGACAGGAGUCCAAAGAACGUCAACGUGAAAGUGAGUCGUCCGACUUGGCCGUGCUGCUGGAGGGCUUCGAGCGCUUGGAGCAGUUGGUGUCCCUCGUCCAUCCCGAGCGCCUGCAGGAAGACGCCACAGAUCCAGCCCGUCCACACUGCCGGCGUCCACAGUGCCUGGAGGCCGCUCCCACCGAGCCCUUGACCGGAGUGCCUCAGAGCGAAGACGCGAGCGACGUGGCCUUGUACGUUCAGCAGUCCUUGACUUGGGCCACGGCGGUGGUGGAUCGAGCCAGGGAUCAGCACUUCCAGCUACACUCUCGGCUUCGCUCGGCAGCUUGUUGCCUUCUACUGCAAGCAGCCGAGCGCUUGCGCACGCGCCGCUGCUGGCAAGCUUGGUCGGCCUGGCGCGAAGGCAGUGUGCCGUUGAAAUGUGCAAAGCGAACGCCUUUUCAUGGCAGCCCAGUGCCUAGAUCAAGCCCCACUGCCAGCUGGGUUGACCGAACCACCGGUGAGGAGCACAGCUGGCAGAGUUGGCAAAGCUGGGUGAGGUCAGCGCCCGUGUCGUUGCAGAAGCAUAGUAGCGGCGCUGUGUUGGAGAUUUGGGAGAGGGACGUGAGCGACUCAGACGAGGACGAGCACCCGAUCUCCGCUUGGCGUUUGCGACGUUUGCUUGCCAAAGUCGUGGGCGGCAGGCUGGCAGCACAACUCUGCAAAACCUUUCUGCGAUGGCACCAGCUUUGUACCAGAAGGAGGCUCGCACUUCGAUGCCUUUGCGCAUGCCUCGGGCGCCAGCGAGACAAGAUGCGGCAAGAUGCAUGGAUGACUUGGCGCUCCUCAGUCGCCCAAAGCCUGGCGAACUCAGAGCAACAGGCCCGAACAUGCCACCAAGCCCAAGAAGGUGUCCUUCAGGCGCGACUGACCCGAGUGCGCUGCUACAUGUCCGCGCACUUGUUGAUGCGGGUGCAGCGUCUAUGUCUUUGCAGCUGUUUUCGCGCCUGGGCGAUCCUCCAGCGGCAGCGGCAGCUGCGGUCAACACGAGCGUUGGAGACCAAGUUGAGGGAGUUGGGUGAGCAAUACCAGAAUGCUUUGGAGAAAAGCCACCAGGGACGCUCCUCCGCUCUGUUCAAGGCUCGAGAGCUCUCCAGGCAACGGCAGAUGCUGUUGAGAGUCUUCCUGGCCUUGCGCUUUCAAGUCCGUCUCCAGCUUGCUCGCCACAGCCCGCAGCGGCCACCCACCGCUCUCACCUGGAAGAUGCUGCAGCGAGUGUUCAGCGGCUGGCGGCGAGUGAUGCAUGGCAGUCGGGUGAGGGAAGGACAGGCGCUUCAGAAGAUGAAGGUGCUGCGGGAGGGGCAGAUUGUGCUGAUGGAAUGGUCUGCUCAGAGCCGAGCACAAAAGCGCACGGCACGUUGGCAUGCCAUCUUCGUUCGCCUCUACCGACGCGUGCGAGCGCACCGAGAGCUGAUCUUAAUCCAGCCGCAUGCCUGGGAUAUGCGCCAUGGCCUGGCCACAGCAUCCUUGAGCUCUUGGCAGCAAUACACCCUUCGCCGCCGCAGCUUGCGACACCGCCAGCACCUCUCCGGCAAGCUCCUGCGCGCCAGCAUGGCAUGGAGCUUGCAGAGGUGCUUCAGCGCUUGGGCCUGCCAUUCGUGGCCGCGCCGCUGCCACGAACUGCUGGGCCGCCUGGAGGCGCUCUCCGCACGUGGCACGACUCUCCGCAGACUGGCGAGCGCCUGGAGCGCCUGGAGCGCCCAUGUCGCUCUCGCCAAGAAGCAACGAGCUGCCGGAAAGAUGCUGGUUUGCAGCUUCCGCCGUGGAGAGCACUUCUGCUGUCUGGAGAUCUUGCGGUGUUGGGCACGGCACACGAAGCGGCUUCGACGACGGGAUGGAGUCCUGGGUAGACAUCAGGUGCUCCGCUUGGCGUUCGUGCUGUGGCGCCGGAGAUGGCAGAGGUCUCGGUUGAUGGAGGAGCUUCGACGAUGGCCAAGGAGUCAUCCAGCUGCAAGUUGGAAGAGGAUACUGCUGCGGGCAUGGCAGGCACAUGUGCAGGCCAGCCGCAGCGCCAAAGUUCAGCGCUUGGGCCGCUCCUUCCACGCCUGGGCCCUCGAGGUGGCCCAAAGGCAGACCACCCGCGCCCAGCAGCUCCGCUUCCACCGUGUCCUGCGCGCGGCGCGGGCGGCGCGGAGCUUGAUGCUAGCUGGAGCUGUGAUGUCAUGCUGGUCCAUGAUAGCUCGCUUGGGUCGGCAGGCUGAGCGCCAAAUGUCCUUGAUGGUCAGCUCACGUCAGUGGCAGUCGGCAGCCGUCGCCGCUCGCAACCACUUCUCCUUGGCGAGGGCAUGGCGGUCUUGGGCCGACGUCCUUUUGCGACGACGUCAGGCGCGACUCCUGGACCCAUUUCUUGGCACAGACCAUGGGCUUCUAGUCCGCGCCUUUCGCGGCCUUCAGGCUGCGUGCCGCCUGCGUCAUGCGCCACGCCCCAAGCGCCCAUGCUUGGAGUUUCUGGGCACGAGGACGGUGCGUCUCAGCAUUUGCGAGGAUUGGUGGCUGGCACGGCUUGCCUGGGACCAGCUGCGUUAUCAGGCCCUGGACUCCAAGUGUCAGCGACUUCACCGAGAAGCAGGGGAGCUUUCACAGCAGUUCAACGACCUCCAAAGCUCCAAGGGUUUGCUACAGCACCGCCUGGAGCUUUCCCUACGUCUUCACCAGAAAGGUCAGGAGCAACAGCUGCUUUGGUGCUGCAGCCCGAUCCUUAAUGCCUGGCAGCAAGUUGUCGUAUCUGUACGGCUGCGGAUGCGUCAGAGCACUCGCAGUGCCUUCGCGCCUGCAAGAGCUUUGGCUCAGAUGCGGCUUGGCUUUUGCGCGUGGAAGGCGUGGUGCUCCAUUUUCAGGGCUGCUUGGGCGAUGAGUCGAACGCAGGAUCGUAAGACCUGCUCCUUAAUGUUGCUCCGCUGGUCGCAGUGGCUGGCACACCUCAAGCAUCGAGAGGAGCUGCGGGACGUGGCGUUGCGUGCCGCAAAGGCUUCACAGCUGUUGUUACUCCAAAAGCUGUUCUGCCACUGGUGCGCAGUUCUCGCCAACGUCAACCAGCACAUUGCGGUUCUUCGAAGGAAUGCCCUGGCUGCCACUCGGGAUCAACAUGAGACACAGACCCAACUGCAGCUGCUGUGGGCUUUAUGGCGGUCCUUCGCCAAGUGGCAGCAAAGUGAGACGCUGCACUUGCAGCAGUUGGAGGCCUCUUGGGCCAGGCUUACGGCCGCCCAUGUCGCCCGCCGCGCGGCCGGCGUUCUCCAGAGCUGGCGCCGCUGGCUCCACUGCGUCCAAGCUCGGCGUCAGGUUUCAGCGGCGUUGGCCCUCAAAGUGUCGAGCACUGGAGGCCAGGGUGUGGGGCGGUGCUGGAGAGCUUGGACCUCACGCGCCUCCAAAAGGCGCAAGCUGCGGGAGAGAUUGCUUCGAUGGAGCUCGGGUAAGGUCUUCCAGACACUGAGGUCCUUCUGGCAUGCCUGGCGCGUUGGUCACUUGCAGUUGAUGCCAAUGCGACGCCGGAAGCAGUGCAUCAGCACUCGCGUCCUGCGCCGCUCGGCGGAUCUUGCCUGGCUGCGGCUCGUGCUGUGGACGUGGUCCACCAAAGGCCGUCGAGAUCGAGCUGGACCUACCCGGCUGGUGCUGCAUGCUUGGCACUGCAGAGUUCUUCAGCUCCGCAGCGCCCGCAGUGCGCGGCAUCAGCGAAAACAGGCCUGUGCCAUCCUGGCCGCACGACACCAGAGGCAUUCGCUGGUUCUGUGCUUCUACAUCCUACGUAUGGAUGCUUUGCUGAGCCGCGUGGCAAAAGCACAGGAUCGCCUCGCAGAGGUCAGAAAGCAACAACUGCGGCAAGAACGGCUCUGGGAGGAGACGAGGCGCCAACGCGCCGCCCGCAACCUCGAGGAGCUGAACCUGAAAGCGAGGAGCUACAGCGACGGAAAGCUCCCCUUCCCGCUGGAGCCCACCACCGAGCCGAGCGUGAUGGUGGAGCCCACCGUGGUGCAGCCGCGGCCGCCGAUGCCCCGAAGCCGGACGGAGCCUACCGGGCUGCGCAGGCCACCAGCACCGGGACGGGACGCACCGCCAGCAGCACCACGGGAUGCAGCGCCACAUGCGACGCGGCUGGUGCCAAUGGCCGACCGCGCUCUGGUGGAUUUAUUGCAGCAUCGAGGAGCCAUUGAUGAGGCCUUGGGGCAGAGCACAGAUCGGCCUGGUGUCAGCGGGCCUCGGUAGGCUCCAGGGAAAGUCUCUUUGUGUGACGUCC